UUUUUAUCGCGAAAGCAGUUUGGGCACACUCCGUAUAUUUGUGUAUACCAAUCAGUUUUCGGUUGUGCUGGCAAAAAUAAGGAAAGAAUUUUUUUUCUGAUAUAAUCAAUGGCCACAAUCGAUGGAAGACCGGCACAAUAUGGGAUAUCACUUAAACAAUUACGCGAGCUCAUGGAGCAUCGUGGCAGGGAAGGGGUAGCAAAAAUCAGUGAAUUUGGGGGAGUUCAUGAGUUGUGCAAAAAACUAUAUACUUCUCCAAAUGAAGGAUUGAGCGGAUCGAAAGCUGAUGAAGAACAUCGACGUGAAACGUUUGGCUCCAAUGUCAUCCCACCGAAACCACCAAAAACAUUUUUAACUCUCGUCUGGGAAGCUCUGCAAGAUGUAACAUUAAUCAUCUUAGAGGUUGCAGCCUUAGUGUCACUUGGUUUAUCGUUUUAUAAACCUGCCGACGAAGACGCUCCUGUACUAGAAGAGGAAGAUGAACAUCAUGGUUGGAUUGAGGGUUUGGCCAUAUUGAUAUCGGUCAUAGUCGUGGUUAUUGUUACGGCUUUCAAUGAUUAUUCCAAAGAGCGUCAAUUCCGUGGACUACAGAGCCGCAUUGAAGGCGAGCAUAAAUUCUCUGUAAUCCGCGGAGGAGAAGUAUGUCAAAUAUCAGUUGGCGACAUUCUUGUUGGUGAUAUUGCUCAGAUCAAGUAUGGUGAUCUAUUACCCGCUGAUGGUUGCCUCAUACAAAGCAAUGAUCUUAAGGUGGAUGAAUCUUCACUCACAGGUGAAUCAGAUCAGGUGAAAAAAGGUAUAGAUUGUGAUCCAAUGGUACUAUCGGGAACACACGUUAUGGAGGGCAGCGGUAAAAUGAUUGUUACAGCUGUUGGAGUAAAUUCCCAAGCUGGUAUAAUAUUCACUUUACUUGGUGCCGCUGUCGACGAACAGGAAGCUGAAAUUAAAAAAAUGAAAAAGGAAGCUAAAAAGGCGAACAAACAAAAGAACAAGAGCCAGACAGGUGAAGCCCCAACGAAAUCAACAUCUCAUGCUCCGCAAUCACAUGCCACCAAUGACGGAAUUAAAUCAGAAUCGGAUGGAAAUCAUGUUCAGCAGCAAACGUCAUCAUCCGCUGCUGAAACUGGCCACAAAAAAGAAAAAUCUGUGCUGCAGGCCAAGCUAACCAAGUUGGCAAUACAAAUUGGAUAUGCUGGUUCGACAAUUGCUGUGCUCACCGUCAUUAUUCUAAUUAUACAAUUCUGCGUUAAGACAUUUGUUAUCGAUGAUAAACCUUGGAAAAAUACUUACGCCAACAACUUGGUUAAACAUUUAAUCAUUGGUGUCACAGUAUUAGUUGUGGCAGUACCAGAAGGUCUUCCACUGGCCGUUACAUUAUCGCUGGCCUAUUCCGUCAAGAAAAUGAUGAAAGAUAAUAACUUGGUACGUCACUUAGAUGCUUGCGAGACAAUGGGUAAUGCGACAGCAAUUUGCUCAGAUAAAACUGGUACUCUUACGACAAAUCGGAUGACCGUUGUUCAAUCAUAUAUAUGUGAAAAGCUUUGUAAAGUACUGCCGACACUCAACGAUAUACCACAGCAAGUAGGCAAUUUAAUAACCAUGGGCAUAUCUGUAAACUCGGCAUAUACUUCCAACAUUAUGCCUGGCCACAAUCCCGGCGACUUGCCAAUUCAAGUGGGAAACAAGACGGAAUGUGCCCUCCUUGGAUUUGUUCAGGGCUUAGGAGUUAAAUAUCAAUCAAUUCGCGAUGAAAUACCCGAGGAUAGAUUUACUCGAGUUUACACUUUUAACUCAGUGCGUAAGAGUAUGGGCACUGUAAUACCCAGACCCAACGGUGGCUAUCGAUUGUACACAAAGGGUGCUUCAGAGAUUAUCAUGAAAAAAUGUUCAUUUAUCUACGGGCAUGAGGGUACAUUAGAGAAAUUUACACGUGACAUGCAGGAACGCUUAAUACGCGAAGUAAUUGAACCAAUGGCAUGCGAUGGAUUGCGCACAAUAUCGGUUGCUUAUCGCGAUUUUGUGCCGGGAAAGGCGGCUGUUAAUGAGGUGCACAUCGAUGGAGAACCAAAUUGGGAUGACGAAGAAAAUAUCAUGUCAAAUUUAACUUGUCUAUGUGUUGUUGGUAUUGAGGAUCCGGUACGGCCAGAAGUGCCAGACGCCAUACGAAAGUGCCAACGUGCCGGAAUCACUGUCCGAAUGGUAACUGGUGAUAACAUCAAUACAGCUCGAUCAAUUGCCAGUAAAUGUGGUAUUUUGAAACCAAACGACGACUUCCUUAUUCUAGAGGGUAAAGAGUUUAAUAGGAGAAUUCGCGAUACAAAUGGCGAUAUUCAACAACAUCUGAUUGACAAAGUUUGGCCAAAAUUGCGAGUUCUAGCCCGUUCAUCACCAACUGAUAAAUAUACGCUAGUCAAAGGUAUGAUUGACAGUACGGUGACAGACAAUCGGGAAGUUGUUGCUGUUACGGGCGAUGGUACUAACGAUGGUCCCGCAUUAAAGAAGGCCGACGUUGGUUUUGCAAUGGGUAUUGCGGGCACCGAUGUGGCUAAAGAAGCAUCAGAUAUCAUUCUCACUGAUGACAAUUUCAGUAGCAUAGUCAAGGCUGUUAUGUGGGGUCGCAAUGUCUAUGAUUCCAUAGCAAAAUUUUUGCAAUUUCAGUUGACCGUCAAUGUAGUAGCCGUCAUUGUUGCAUUUAUUGGAGCUUGUGCCGUACAGGACUCCCCUUUAAAGGCAGUGCAAAUGUUAUGGGUAAAUCUGAUUAUGGACACUCUAGCAUCACUGGCUUUAGCUACGGAAGUGCCAACGCCAGAUCUUUUACUACGUAAACCUUAUGGUCGUACUAAGCCACUUAUAUCACGCACAAUGAUGAAAAAUAUUUUGGGGCAGGCCUUAUAUCAACUUGUAAUCAUAUUUGGAUUACUUUUUGUCGGUGACAAGAUUCUGGAUAUAGAGUCUGGAAGGGAUCAAGAUCUAAACGCUGGACCAACCCAACAUUUUACUAUUAUUUUCAACACAUUUGUUAUGAUGACAUUGUUUAAUGAGAUUAACGCCCGUAAAAUCCACGGACAACGCAACGUUGUUGAAGGACUUUUUACCAAUCCCAUAUUUUAUACUAUAUGGAUAUUUACAAUGAUUUCACAGGUUGUCAUAAUUCAAUAUGGUAAAAUGGCUUUUUCAACAAAAGCCCUGUCUCUUGAGCAAUGGCUAUGGUGCAUAUUCUUCGGAAUCGGUACACUAGUUUGGGGACAAUUAAUCACUUCAGUGCCUACACGAAAAUUACCUAAAAUUCUAUCCUGGGGACGCGGUCAUCCAGAGGAAUACACUGACGCUAUGAAUUUGGGUGAAGAACGCUUCGAUUCUAUUGACUCGGACAAAAAGCCGCGAGCUGGACAAAUUCUAUGGAUACGAGGCCUAACUCGUCUUCAAACUCAAAUUUCUGUACCGGUAAUAGGCGGCGAGUUGCAAGAACGGUUGAUUCCGGUUCCCUAUAGCAAGAGCAACACUGAUCAAGCUAUACGUGUGGUGAACGCCUUCCGACAAGGUCUUGACUCUCGUUAUGGUGAACACACCAACACUUCCUUGGCUGAGGUGCUGCGCAAACAGACAUCGUUGAGCAAACGCCUUUCGGAAACAUCUUCCAUUGAGUAUGCCGAUAAUAUACCAGAUGAGCUGACCAUACCCGAAAUUGAUGUAGAGCGGUUAUCGUCCCACAGCCAUACUGAAACUGCAGUCUAAAAGUCGUAUCAAGCAAUCUCUCAUGAACUCCCCAAACACCCAAACACCCACAUACUUACUAACCUAGAAAUUCUACCUAUAAUUAGAUACAUAUCUCAGUAAAAUUAAUAUAUGUGCAUUAUAUUUUAUUGAUUUUUUUUUUUACUUUACUAUUUUUAUUGAACAGGCAAUUGAUAAUGAUAUUUAAGACCAACAGCAUUUUGAAUUUAUUAAUUCUAAUUUAAUUUGAAAAUUUUCAUCAACGAAAAUUGAUAUUUGUGCAAAAGAAAGAUUUAUUAAAAAUAGAAACGAAAUUAAGAUUUACUUUCAACGUAUAAUUAAGUAUGAUAUUGAAUUUCAAUUUCAAUCGUCGAAGCAUCGAAUUUACUAAUGUGCAAGUGCCCUUAUGUCGAUAGCUGUCCAUUCUUUUUUUUCAAUCCCUUUUACCUUUGAAAUUGUCUUCCUCCUACGUAAACUUUUGAGGAAAAUGUACCUCAAAGAUCCUCUCUGGACUUAUGUCUGGCCAAUCUAAUGACGUGAUACUCUUCCACUCGACAAAUGAGAAUGCGUUGAAACAUGUAUCGAGACAUUAUCUUGUUCAAAUAUCCAGUCCGCAAAUUAGAUAAGAAUACUUUCAAGAAGAUCCGUAUAUAUUUGCGAAUCAACCCGGCUAGGUAUAUAAGCAUACCCAAGCAACUAAAAGCUGAUCAUACCCUGAGAGAGCCACAACCAAAGUUAGCCGGGAUGCCUUGGAUUGGCCAAAAUUUUUGAUUUCCAUCUGGACUAUCCAAAUUAAGCUUUUUUCAUUACUUAAGAUACAGUUUGGAACAAUAUUUUUCAAAAAUAAAGGGGCCUUCUAAUGCUGGGUUAACGUUUUGAAUGCGAACUUUGGCGUCACAUUUCAAGUGCAACUUCUUUCGGCAAAUCUGUUACACCCUUUGCAUAGUUAUUGGCAAUUUCAAUUGUCCCUUUAUCUGAUCGCAACUUAAAGUUUAACCCGUCAGAUAUAACGCUUAGGGCGCGCAUCAACUUUUGGAAGAUUAUUUAGGGUAUAUUUUUUAUGGUUUUUUUUAAUAAUUAGUAAAUAUAUUUCGGUGACGUUGGUUUUUUAUCGCUAUUCCAUCAACUUUCCAACCACACUUAAACAUUGUCUGACUCUGGCUCUUCUUAGAAUUAAUUCUGCAGGCAAAAUAAUGUAUAAUGCACAAAUAUCAACUUUCUAUCAAACCCGUGACAUUGUUUAUUUUGAAAAUAGUCAAAACAAUAAGGGGGAGUGGGAGUCAGACAAAACUGUACCAUCAACAUCAAUAACAAUGUUUGCGCAAAUAUCAAUUUUACUGAGGUACACAAUUGCUAUUCUACAUAAAAGUAUGGAUAUUCAAACAAUUUACUCAUAAAUACAAGGACACAUUCAAUACGUGCAUUAAUAUAUUUAUAACAAUUGGAAAAACGAAAAUUGAAAUUCUUUACAUUUAUUAUAAGAAAACGUAAGAAAAAUUAAGAUGUAUGUCGGUGGCAUAAAUAACAAGAAAUAAUAAAAAAAUCACCUUUAUUUCAGGUACUCUGUAUUCACUCAUCAGUUAUCCUCAAAUAUUAAUAUAAUUUUAGAAUUGCUAUUUCCAGUAGCAAUUAAACAAAGUGGCAACAUUAAUUAAUUGUGUUUUAAUAUGGGUUUACCCUCGUAUUAAAUACGAUAGAUAGAAAAAUCAAUCACACACAUUGACAACUCCUUAAGAACUUGGGAUAAGCUUAUACAUUAGUCUCUGCGCUAGUAUUUGUAAUUGCAUUGACUCCUUUAAUCGAAAAUCAUACAGACACAUAUAUGUACAUACAUAUGUAUGCCUACAUAUGCCUAUAAGAAAGGUCUUGUCUAAUAACAAGAUAUUAUAAUUACAACAUAUGUAUAACGAAUAAAUGAUUAAUUUCCAAUGUA